AUGGCUCCACGAUCGCAGAAGAAGCCGGCUGCGAGAGUCAUUGCAAGUGCUGUGAAGCAGCGAUCUGGUGGCCGAGCAGCACCUGGCUGCGAGGCUUUGAGCAUUCACUGUGUGGGCGGCACUCUUCGAGCAGAGGUAGGUGGUCGGCAGAGCCCGGAACUUCAAGCAACAAAGUCCCAGCGACGCCUGUGGAGCCGUGCUCGGGAGCUCCUGCAAAAGGAGGGCUUGGUGGUGCUUCGCGGGCUGCUGCCUGCCGCCCUUGUGUGCACUGCCCGCACGAGGCUAUUGCGGGAGUUGUCUGCAGCGAAGGCACUCAGGCCUGGGACUGCCUUGGACUCAGCCAUGGUCGCCCCGGGCUGCCUUGACGGGGAGGUGCCGAUGCCCUCCCUUCUGCGGCGCUUGGACCUUCAGGCCUUGCCAGAGGUUCUGGCAGUGCUAGAGCACGAGAACCUCUUCGAGGCGACAGCGAACAUCCUGCAAGUGGACGAGGUAGUGACUACCGCGUACAAGUGGCUGCGGGCGGUGCCGCCCACCACUUUCACCGGCCCACACAUGGACCGUGCUUAUGUGGGUGAGGGUCGACGGCUGACGGCAUGGAUCCCACUCGGUCCGGUGAGGUGCGGGCAGCGUGAGCUUGGCUCGCUUUGCUGGAUUCCGGGCUCCCACACGAAUCCCGCAGUGAUUGAGCGGUUCAAGGACUACCGGCGCGUUGGAUCAGACGGAGAGAGGAGUGGUUGGCUUGCAGCCGAUGCUGGUGCUCUCGCACUACCAGAAGGUUGCGUGUGGCGCAGUUGCCACUUUGCCUCUGGAGAUGUGGCGAUCUUCGGCAUGAAUCUUCUGCAUACGACAGUUCCGAAUGGCACGCAGUCAUUCCGGCUUUCGUGUGAUACUCGCUGGCAGCCUCUGGAGGACCCGCCGCCAGAAGGCGUCGUCGUUGGACCUUGGCGCUGCCAACCUGAGCGUCCGGACAAGGAGAAAAGGAUGGCCCCGUUGCUGUAA